UGUGACUACAAAAGUGCCAAGUCAGGUCAUUUGAAAAGACAUAUCAGAACACAUACUGGAGAAAAACCUUUCAGCUGCAAGUUUUGUAACUUCAAAAGUGCUAAGUUUGAUAAUAUGAAAAGACAUAUCAGAACUCAUACAGCAGAAAAACCUUUCAGUUGUAAGUUUUGUGACUACAAAAGUGCUCAAUUAGGAAAUUUGAAAACACAUAUUAGAACACAUACUAGAGAAAAACCUUUCAGCUGCAAGUUUUGUAACUACAAAAGUACUCAUUCAGGUGAUUUGAAGAAACAUACCAAAAUACAUACUGGAGAAAAACCUUUCAGCUGCAAGUUUUGUGACUUCAAAAGUGCUCAUUCAGGUGAUUUGAAGAAACAUACCAAAAUACAUACUGGAGAAAAGCCUUUCAGCUGCGAGUUUUGUGACUACAAAAGUGCCAGGUUAGGUAAUUUGAAAACACAUAUCAGAACACAUACAGCAGAAAAAACUUUCAGCUGCAAGUUUUGUGACUUCAAAAGUGCUCAUUCAGGUGAUUUGAAAAUACAUAUCAGAAUUCAUACAGCAGAGAAACCUUUCAGUUGCAAGUUUUGUGACUACAAAAGUGCCAAGUCUGGUGAUUUGAAAAGACAUAUCAGAACACAUACUGGAGAAAAACCUUUCAGCUGCAAAUUUUGUGACUUCAAAAGUGCUAAGUUUGAUAAUAUGAAAAGACAUAUCAGAACUCAUACAGCAGAAAAACCUUUCAGUUGUAAGUUUUGUGACUACAAAAGUGCUCAAUUAGGAAAUUUGAAAACACAUAUUAGAACACAUACUAGAGAAAAACCUUUCAGCUGCAAGUUUUGUAACUACAAAAGUACUCAUUCAGGUGAUUUGAAGAAACAUACCAAAAUACAUACUGGAGAAAAACCUUUCAGCUGCAAGUUUUGUGACUACAAAUGUGCUAGGUUAGGUAUUUUGAAAGAACAUAUCAGAGCACAUACUGGAGAAAAACCUUUCAUCUGCGAAUUUUGUGAUUUUAAAAGUGCUAGGUUAGGUACUUUGAAAACACAUAUCAGAACACAUACUGGAGAAAAACCUUUCAGCUGCAAGUUUUGUGACUACAAAAGUGCUGUGUUAGGUUAUUUGAAAAAACAUACCAAAACAAAUACAGGAGAAACAACUCCUAGCUAAGCAUUUUUAAUGUUCACCUACCACAGCUUCA